UUUGAUUGCCACGUUGGCUGUGUUGUUAUCAGGUAAUUUUAAUUGGUUGCUACUUUCAAAUUAAAGAAGAAUCUUUCGUCUCUUUCAGCCGGCAGCACCACCGCGGAAAUGCCAGCCGGCCUGCAGAAGCUGUUUGACGAAACCACGCUUCCGUGCACCCCGCGAACCGUCACCAAUCACCCCUGCUACUUUUGCAAGUGCAACGUGCACGGAACGCGCCAGCACUGCAUCUACACGUGCAACCCGACCAGUGGCAAUCCGCUGCUUCCGGGCACCAAGAUGUGCACCGGCACCGAUCACUUCGAGCUGGGUUGUCACCGGUGCCGGUGCAGCAAGGGUCAGCUGUUUUACGAGUGCAAUUUGACGCUGUAUUGCUCCGGAAGUGGGGCGGUUUCCGAGGGUGAAGAAGGGAAUGAUUUUUGAAUAAAGUGCGCUGGAGCUUA